CGGGCGGAGCAGCGCGAGCCGGACGACCAGGGCACCACCAGUCCACCACCAACAAGCAACAAGUAGCCAGCCAGCCAGCUACAGCCAGAACGCAACACGGCACGCACAGCACAGGGCCGGAGAGAGAGAGAGAGAGGGGGGAAGCCCGAAGCGAAGCGAGCACAAGAGGCCACCGCAGCGGCCAGGCGGCGAGCGAGACACCUCCACACGUCUCUCCCCCUCCUUCCCUUCCCCUUCCGUUUCCUUCCCGUCCCUGCUCACACCUCUGUAGCUGCGCCCGACCGAACCCCCUACCCCCCGUGGAGGAAUCCUCCCCCCGAUGCGGCGCCGAUAGGGACCGGUGGAGGAGCGGGAAUGGCGGGGCACGGCGAGAAGCGGCGCCGGACGGGAGGGGCCCACGAGGAGGAGCCGGAGGAGGAGGACCGCAUCUCGGACCUUCCCGACGUACUGCGCCUGCAGAUUCUCAGCCUGCUGCCGCUCAAAUCGGCCAUCCGCACCGGCGCGCUCUCCUCGCGGUGGCGCCGCCUCUGGGCGUACCGCUGGCCGGAGCCGUCCUCGGUUACCAUCCGCCUCCCGCCCGGCGGCGGCGCGGCGGGGGCGGGGGCGGUGGCGGCUGCGGCGGCGCGCGCGGAGGCGCUCGCGGGGAUCGACCGCCGCGGGCGCCGCCGCGUCGACGGCUUCUCCCUCUCCUUCCAUGGCGGGCAGCUCACGCAGGCGGACCUCAACCGCUGCGUCCACUACGCCGCGGCGUGCGAGGCCGAGGACCUGCACCUCCGCGUCGACGGCGGCGCGGGCGCCGGCCGGGGCUCCCGCGGUGGCACGCGCCGCCCCGGGAUGCUCUCCGUGCAGUUCCCCGUGGGGAGCCCGCUGCUCGCGCGCCUGUCGGUGCGCGGGCUCAACCUCACGGCCGUCAACAACGCCAUGGUCGUCACGCUCGAGGUGAUCCACCUCCACUCCGUCUUCCUCACCGACGCCGCGCUGCGCCGGAUGGUCGCCGCCUGCCCCCGCCUCCGGGAGCUCGACCUCCGUUACUGCCGCCGCCUGCGCCGCGUCGACUUCAGCAACGUCGGGGUGCCCAACCUCAGGAGCUUCACCGUCGUCGACUGCUCCCGCACCACCGAGCUGCGGGUCCCGGUCGCGCUCCGCCUCCGGUCCUUCCGCUUCAGCGGCGCCUUCCUCUCCAGCAACAUCCUCUCUGGCGCCAAGGGCUCUCUUGAGCAUCUCUACCUCUGCUCUGGCGGGCCAGAGACCGGCCUUCCCACAACCAACUUGCUGUACGCAGUUCCUCGCCUAUCGAACCUCACUGUCCUCACCCUCUGCAGCAUUGCCCUCCAGUAUGUUUCUUCCACAGCCAAGGCUGUAACGGAGAGCAACCUGCAUAGUCUGAGGGAGCUCCAUUUGCUCAUGUUCGGGAUGGCCAACUCCAACCUUGCUGACAUCUAUAGCUUCCUCAAGACCUGCCCGUGUCCUCAGUUGGAGCGCCUCUUUGUGCAGCUCCCGACAAAUACCGGUGAUGCAUUCACGGAGAAUUUCUUGAAGGUGGCGGAGGAGGACCCACCAAAAGGUGGAUUAGAAAACCUUUGCUUAGCCAAGAUGACAAAUUUCAAGGGGCACCGUAAUGAGAUGCAACUAGUAGGAUUUCUGCUUAGAAAGUCUAGUAGUCUGAAGAAACUAUUUCUGAUUGCUCCUAAGGAGGAUCACCCUCAAGGACUCCGCAAGAUUCAGUCAGAUAUGCUGCCUGAUCUUCUAAAAAAAGAAAUAUUGCAUCUGGAAAGAGCUUCAGCAAAUACCCAGAUAUUUUUCAGUGAGCCUGAUGCUCAGACCCAGCCAUUGCAUUCGGAGGUCUUUGUCAGGUUUUAGCUUGAAAUGAGCAAAUGUUGUAGUAGUCCAGUUUCUGCUCCUAUAGUUUUAGAUUUCUAGCUGUUAGAUAACAGACAUGGGGAAAAAGUGUCUGCAAGGCAUACACAGUUUGAUAUAUGUUUUCUUUUUGCAAUUCAUAUUACAUUAUUACUAAGGAAGUCACUCAUGCAUAGUGGUUGAAAUGCGAGCUGUUCUGAUCUGCCACAUUUUCUUCUUCUCA